AUGGAAAAGUACCGCUCAACAGCCGACCCAUCUACUGGCAUUCAUCCGUACCUGCCGCAAGCACCUCCACCAACAUCCAUCUCGGUCAAAAUACUGCGCCCUUUCUUAUUCCUUCUCCGUCUGCCGUUCUUCGUUCUUGCCGUCGUUCUGUCUAUCCUCUUCACCCCGCUUCUGCUUGUCCCGUGUUUCUUGUCUCGUGCUCUCAUUCGCCUACUCGCCCGCUUGUUCCUCUUUUCACUGGGCGCAACUCGCUUCUCGCCUCCAACUUUACCGAAAUCCAGACUGCGUGUAAGAGGCAAGCCUGUGGUGUCUCGUCCGCCAAGCGCAGGUGAAUUGGUGAUUGCCAAUCUCAACGGUGCUAUUGGCCCCCUUCAACUAGUCGCGGCAUACUCUCCCAUAUUUGUCGUGCCCACAGAUGGCGGUAUAGCCCUCGUAUCGUUUCGCAAUCUAACGUCUUUAAUCGCGACCGGCAGGCCUCUAUCCGACCUACCCAACGUGGAUUUCGAAGCCCUAGUUGCUAACGCACGCACUCCCGUCGUUAUGUUCGCCGAAGGCGGAUCGUCUAACGGCCGUGGAGUUCUCCGCUUUGCCCCUCGCGCGUUCUCCGCUGUGCUGGAAGUCGCCACGAAACUAGAAGGGCGCCGUAUAUUUGCCCUCGGGCUUGCGCCGCGUCGUGGGCAAGAGUACUGCGGUGUAUUGCCGUCAGUUUCGCGGUAUGUUAUCGGAUUAAUGAGCGAGAUUGCCACGGACGUCCCUGCGACAUAUGUACAAGUCACGCUGAAGGAGAUUUCCACCGUGCAGGCGGCCGUGGCGAAGUGUGCCGGCUUACCUGUAAUGGCUGUCGGGGCUGAUCGACGAGAACACUUUGAAACACAUUGGAAGGAAGCGGGCGGUAUGGAUCGGUAG